CCUGCCGGGAGGGGCUGGGCCGAGAGUCCGGCAGCUGCUGGCUGGGGCUUUAGUGACUUCCUUGUUGUGAGCCCCGGCCCGGCAGUGUCCUGACUCGUAGCCCCGCUGCCCUUACCGGGACCGCUAGCCCGAGUCUAGGUCGCAGCCGCAACUCCAGCCCAUCGGUUCCUUUUCAGCACAGGUUUUCCCUCCGCACGCCUCGCGCUCCCUAACAUGCCCAACCCCAGCAGCACCUCCUCUCCCUCCCCCCUCCCUGAGGAAAUUAGGAACCUGUUAGCAGACCUUAACAGUUAUCUACAGAGCAGUAAUGUUGAAACAUUUGUAGCAGACACACUGAGAGGGGAAAAUUUAUCCAAGAAAGCAAAGGAGAAGAGAGAAUCCCUUAUUAAGAAGAUAAAAGAUGUAAAGUCUAUCUAUCUUCAGGAAUUUCAAGACAAAGGUGAUACAGAAGAUGGGGAAGAAUACGAUGACCCUUUUGCUGGGCCCCCAGACACGGUUUCAUUAGCUUCCGAAAAAUACGAUAAAGAUGAUGAAGCCCAUUCUGAAGGAAACCAGUUUCCUCCAAUUGCAGCACAGGACCUUCCUUUUGUUUUAAAGGCUGGCUACCUUGAGAAACGCAGAAAAGAUCACAGCUUUCUGGGAUUCGAAUGGCAGAAACGGUGGUGUGCCCUCAGUAAAACAAUAUUCUAUUAUUAUGGAAGUGAUAAAGACAAGCAGCAGAAAGGUGAAUUUGCAAUAGACGGCUACAAUGUCAGAAUGAAUAACACUCUCAGGAAAGAUGCAAAGAAGGAUUGCUGUUUUGAAAUCUCUGCUCCUGAUAAACGGAUCUAUCAGUUCACAGCAGCAUCUCCCAAAGACGCCGAGGAAUGGGUACAGCAGCUGAAAUUUGUCCUACAAGACAUGGGAUCUGAUGUUAUUCCUGAAGACGAUGACGAAAGAGGGGAGUUAUAUGAUGACGUGGACCAUCCUCUGCCAACCAGCAGUCCACCUGCAAGCGGCCAACCAAUCGAUGAUGAAAUUUAUGAAGAACUUCCAGAAGAGGAAGAGGACAGUGCUCCUGCUCGCAGGGAGGACCAGAGGAAGAUGAGUCAGGACGGUGCUCCGCCCCCCACAGGAGAUAAAAGCACCGAUUAUGCUAAUUUUUACCAGGGUUUGUGGGACUGCACAGGAGCUCUUUCUGAUGAAUUGUCAUUUAAACGUGGCGAUGUGAUUUACAUUCUUAGCAAGGAAUACAAUAGAUACGGCUGGUGGGUAGGAGAAAUGAAAGGAGCCAUUGGCUUGGUGCCGAAAGCCUACAUAAUGGAGAUGUAUGAUAUUUGAGAGUCCUGGCAGGAAAAGUCAACAUUUCAGCUGAAGACAAAACUUAAGAUGCAACUUUCCUUUCCUACCUGCAGAAAAGGAAGAUUCUUCUGCUAGUCAGUAAAUGCUUCAGAUUUAGGAUCACCUCGAAAGCCUGCGUGGCAGCUCAUAACCUUUUUGUGUUUUAUUGAACGUGUGUCUUGAACUGUUAUUUUAUGCAUUCAUUAUAAUAUUCCUCUGGUGUGAAACUAAAUAAAUAAUAUUAAUGUAAAUUGGAUGUAGGCAGGAAACUUGUACCUGUUGCUACUUUGCUAAGAAAUAAAUGUAGUUUUUAUUUACUCAUUUGAUUUGUGUGAAGAAUUCAGCACAAUUUUAUAUGAACCACAGUCAUGGUUCCUUGCAUUAUGACUUGUAAUUUCCUCUUCAUGUUGGAUGUCAAUUGUAUUUUAGAAUGUAACAUGCAAUUUCAUAGAAAUUUUAAUUGAACAUAUCAUGCGAACUUUGGGUAGAGGCUGUCUCAAGAACGUGGCUUUGUUAACACUUUGGAGAUGCUCUGUCUUAGUGCUUAUCUUUCACACAGAAGUAACAUAUUUUCAUGAGAGAAUUUUACCAAUUGGCAAGUUUCCUUCAUGUAAAUAUAGCCACAGGAAAGAAAAAAUGAUAGAAUUGCCGGUGGUCGUGUGUGGACACCCGCGACACUUGUGCAGCCCAGAACUGUGGUCCGUGCAAAGCUCUUUAUCAAUAGCAAACCUCCUGAUUAGAUGAUGGACUUGCCAAGGUUUUCCACCAUGGUUCUAUUUAAAUGUAAUAAAAUUUAAAAAAAUUCAUAAGAAACCCCAUUCUGCAUAAUAUAAUGGCAUAAAGAGUCUCCAUGUAUUUCGAAGUAAGAAGACCUAGCGGAGCACUGCGUUGCCCUGCCCGAUCAGUGCUGUGCUGUUAGCGUCCCCGCACAGAACAGGGGAACCCCAGCUCCGAGUCGCCUCUACACUUCGCAGAGGAGUGAGAAGAAAAGGAAGAGCUCAGAGAGGAGAGCGUGGCAACCAUAGUGGGAACAUGUGCCAACAGGUGAAUGGAAAGGUAGUGUUAGCUGACGCCAGAGAUAGAUGUCGUGCUGCCGGAGCAAGAUUUGUGGAAUGAUUACAUUACCUUCCAUGUAUAUUUGAAAUCCAGGGUAUUUUAAAUGCCAACAAGUCAGCAGUGUGGCCUUGAUAUGUAUCAAAAUGUUACUGCUGAUUGGAUAAUUAUUUGAUAUAAAUAGACUCAUUUAAUUUUGAAUCAUUAAUUAGGAGGUACUACCCUUGUGCAACUUUUCAGACGUUUGUUAUAUAAGGAUUCUAACCUUGAAUGAACUGGUAAUAUGUAACCUUCCUUUAUUUAUAGAAAACUAUUUAUAAACAUUUCAAAUCUUAAAUUUAACGCUAUCUUCUCAAUACUGUGAUCAUCAGAUUUCAAGAUGAAAUAUACAUUUGAGUUUUAGGGAUUGUGAGUCAACUUUAGCUUACAUAAAUUAGACGUUGUCAAGUUAAAGCUUUCAGAAAUGAAUAUGUGCACUCAUUGAACUACUCUUAAUAGAUACACGUCGGAGCAGGUUGAAAUCAUCGCGGCAAAAAUGAGACAACUGGAGACAAAUUUAGCGGUCUGUUUUUCAGAGCCUGAGAGAUUGGAAAGCAAAAGCAGUUGUGGGUUUCCCCUGAAAAUGCAAUCUUGGUUAUGGAUACAGGUUUCAUGCUUCUGGGCGAAGGGAAGAUUUUCGUGCUCGGCCAGUAGGUGGCAGCAGCUUUUCAUCGCAUUCCAAAGCACUGGGAAGCCCCUCCCCCACUCAGGCACAAACUGGAGCUGAAUGAAAAGCGUGUAAAAGAGUUUUGCCUCCUUUACAGUUAAUCCAGGAGAGGGAGUCCUUUGCCAACUGAUGGCCGACAGUUCCAAGCCAGAUAGUCUCUGUGAAUGGUGACCAUAUAGAAAUAAAGUGUUACUUCUGUCCAGAGCUCCUGUGGCCUUUGUUCUUGUUUAACUUGAAUAUAGGAGAUAACAGAAGGAAACCAAAGAUUUAAAAUUAGAGUGACAAGAAAAAUAAUCAUUACUUUCAGUGCAUGACUCCUUUAUAUUCAUUUGACAAAACCAUUUGUGUACUACCAGGGAGAAAGUUUUCUUUACACCCUUGACAAUAUAUCACACUCUCUUCAAGAUCAUAAUAAUAUCAUUAAUGUGAAUUUAAACAACAUGGCUUGUUAGAAAAUAUGCUAAUUGCUAUGUUCUCAUUAUGUUUGCUUAGCUUUUAUUUGUUUUUCUAUGAACAGUUAGAGAGCUAAUUUUUUUCAAAGGUGAUUGUAAGUCAUAUUUUAUAUAGCAUUUUGCUUGAUUAUUUGCUCUGUACUGAAUUUGUACUCUAUUGCCAUUAGAUCUUACAAUAAUGUUCCACUCUGCAAAUUUUUAAGGUUCAAAUAAAGUUUAAUUGUUUGCAAACUGU